AUGAAGCUCAAUCUCUUUGCCCUCCUACCGCUGGCCGCCGCCGCCGCAGUGCACGCUGCGCUGGCUGCAACUACACCCGUUCGUCGCAAUGACUGGCCCCACGGUCCCUUUUCCACCGAUGGCAAUCAGAUCAAAAACGCCAAUGGCGAGCCCGUCAUCCUCGUCGGCACCAACUGGCCAGGUUCCGGCGAGACCAUGAUUCCCGAGGGCAUCGAGUUCCGCUCCAUCUCGGACAUUGUCGGGAUGAUGAAGUACGUCGGAUACAACUUUGUGCGUCACACGUAUGCCAUUCAGAUGAUCGACCAGAUCUACGAGAACAACGGCACAGACAUCACUGUCCAAUCGGCGCUCGUGUCGGCUCUGGGCCAAGACAACGGGACGCGCAUCAUGGACAUGAUCCACGAGAACAACCCGCAGAUCACCAGCAACACCACUCGAUUCGAGGUGCUCUCGAUGAUUGCGGAGGAGGAGCAGAAGCAAGGGUUGCUGAUGCAUCUCGACAACCACAUCAGCCGAGCCAUCUGGUGCUGCAGCCACGACGACGGCAAUGCCUGGUUCGGCGACGUCGACUUCAACGUCGACAACUGGCACCGCGGACACCGGUACAUGGCCAACUGGGCCAAGAGCCACAGCAACAUCGUAUCCAUGUCGCUGCGCAACGAGCUACGCAAGUCGACACUCCGACCUCAGCUCGAGUACAACUGGAAGACGUGGUGGGGCAAUGUGUCGCAAGCGGCGGAAAACAUCCAUGCGACUAAUGCGGAUCUGCUGAUCACCAUCAGCGGCUUGGACUACGACAUCGACCUCUCGGCGCUCACCACGCAAGCCAACCUGCUCGACGCCCCCUACGUCAACACAGACAUGGACGCCAUCGCCGAUGCCUCCUCCCUGCCAGCAGAAUACGCCGACAUCGAGAACACGGGCUUCGGCAAAGCGAAAAAGGCGGUGCUCGAACUGCACGCGUACAAGAUGUCGGCCUUCUAUGGCGAUCACCUCGAAGAUUGCGGCGCGAUCCAGGCCGGACUGUACCGGUUCGGGUUCAACGCUCUCGGCGAAUCUGCGCGCCCGGAUGCGUGCCAGGGUGGCAACUCGACCGCGGAUUUCAACGAGCCUUACAGCUGCCCCGCGGCAAAGGUGACACUGCCCGUACUGCUGACCGAGUUUGGAGAUACCCAGGACUCGGGCUUUGCCAAUGUGACGAUGCAAAAGUGUCUGCGCGACUUUACCACAAAGAACAAGAUCGGCUGGGCACAUUGGGCGCUUGCUGGCAGCUACCGUAUCCGACAGGAUGUGGUGUUCAACAAUGACACGUGGGGGUUGACCAACCCAACUUGGAGCGAGUACCAGAGCAAGGACACUGUCGAAAACUUUUUCCGUCCUUGGAUUCGGGACAUGGGUCCUACCAACCUCGAGUUGUAG